AUGAAUGACAUCAAAUUGGCCUUACUGGGCAGUGAGGGAGCAGGCAAAUCUGCGGUUUUGGUGAGAUUCUUAACCAAGCGGUUCAUAGGAGAAUACGCGUCAAAUGCCAACUCUUUAUACCAUAAAAGGCUUUCCAUUGAUGGAAGACAGUUGAACUUGGAAGUCUUUGAUCCAUGCUCGCAGAGUGGAGAAAGCAGAUGUAUCCUAGAGGAGCCGGUGGAUUGGGCUGAUGGCUUUGUAGUGGUGUACACCAUCAGUGACCGUACGUCCUUCCUAAAUGCCAAAAACAUCCUGGCGCAGAUCAAAGAGAGCCGUCGAGAGACCUGUAAAGGAGAGGUUCCUGUUUGCCUGGUGGGUAACAAGCAGGACCUAUGCCACAGCCGUCAAGUAAGCGAGGAGGAAGGCCGCGUUCUGUCGCAGGAGUACAAAUGCCUCUUCCAGGAGGUGUCUGCAGCUGAGAACUACCUGGAGAUCUCCAACCUCUUCACAAAGCUCAUCCGGCAUGUGAUGGAGCAGCUUAAGCACAGGGGCGACCGCAGGCGGUACAGUGGGUCUAAGUCCAUGGCCAAGCUCAUUAACAAUGUCUUUGGCAAGAGGAGAAAGUCUGUUUGA